AUGUCUGGAGUGUUGAGUCUCUUUUCGCUGCGAAAUCGGACUGCUGUCAUUACCGGCGGGACGAGAGGUAUUGGCCAAACCCUUGCGAUCGCUCUAGCAGAGGCCGGAGCCGACAUCAUCUUGAUACAGAGAGAUUCCAGCAACGUUGGCACCCAAGAACAGAUCGAGAAGCUUGGAAGGAAAGCAACCAUAUAUGAAGCAGAUCUCGCAGACCAGGGUCAAAUCAGUGGUCUGAUCAAGCGGAUUAUCUCGAAUGGGCAUGACCUGAGUAUAUUAGUCAACUGUGGUGGUAUACAGAGACGUCACCCUCCUCAUGAGUUCCCGGAUGGUGAUUGGAAUGAGGUUAAUCUAAACACAGUCUUCACGCUCUGUCGGGAUGUCGGGGCUCAUAUGCUGACGCGAGAAGGACCUCAUCGUGGAUCUAUCAUCAAUGGAGGUCUUAAUGUGCCCGCCUACGCGGCCGCAAAAGGAGGUGUAGCACAGUUGACGAAAGCGCUCGAGUUGACUAGAGUGGUANNGAUUGCUCCAGGUUACAUCCAUACCGACAUGAAUGAUGCUCUGAUUAAGGACGAGAAGCGUGCAGCGAGUAUUCUGGAGCGUAUCCCAGCUGGACGGUGGGGCUUGCCAGAGGACUUCGCUGGCUCAAUAGUGUAUCUUGCUAGCCGAGCAAGCCUGUAUGUGUCUGGAGAGAUCUUGACAGUAGAUGGAGGCUGGAUGGGUCGAUAA